AUCAACUUCACCCGAUACGGAGGAGAAUAUGCUAGACACUAAGAGCUGGGGUGGCAUCAAGUUGGGUACAAACAUGCCAGCAAGAGUAGAAAGAACUAUAAGAAAACCCGAGUCUGUAUUUCAGUUGGUAGGAGAACAAACGGGGGAAUGCUACGAGGUGAUAAUGUUCUUUGGAAUCAUUGACAUACUUCAAGAUUAUGACAUUACCAAGAGGCUCGAGCAUGCAUAUAAAUCCAUUCAAUACGACCCAACUUCCAUAUCGGCUGUGGAUCCAAAGCAGUACUCUAAGCGAUUCCGUGAUUUCAUAUUUAAAGUCUUUUGUGAAGAUAUUUGAAACAAGUUUUUGUCUUUGAUGAGGGUCCAGGAGUGUGUAGAUGGAGCUAGAUUUAAUAUUUUUUAUGGGAUAUGCCCCAAUUAUAUCAUUUUUUGUUGUAGCCAUUGUUAUCAAUACUUGUAAAUAAAUUU